AGAUGGACUAAGCCCUUUAUUUUAUAAGAAUUCUUGUGCUUAAAAGGGUGUAAAUCAAUGCAUAUGCUUAUUGGUGGACUAAUUGAGCUCCUGUAGUCCUUAGUCAGACAGACUUGUGGAAGUCCUGCCCAAGUAAGGAUUGCAGACUUCUUAGCAUAGAGCUUCUGGGAAUGUAAGAGAUGGCUUGCAGGGUAUUUUGUUUGUUUGUUUUAAACUGCUGGUGAGGAAGAUUCCUUCUCUCCAGAAUACUGACCUUUAACUCUUAGGAUCAUAACUUUGAAUGCUAUCAUUAAUUUAUGUUAAUUCUAAUUUUGUUUAAUUUCAGGAAAAGCCCACGUGGAAGGUGGAUCAGCACGAAUGUCCCUCCUUAUAUUAGUGUCUAUCUUCCUCUCUGCUGCUUCUAUUAUGUUUCUGGUAUAUAAAAAUUUUCCACAACUUAGUGAAGAAGAAAGAGAAUGUAUAAAAGUUCCCAGAGACAUGGAUGAUGCAAAGGCCUUAGGAAAAGUCCUAUCAAAAUACAAGGACACCUUUUAUGUCCAAGUAUUAGUGGCUUAUUUUGCUACAUACGUUUUCUUACAAACAUUUGCUAUUCCUGGGUCUAUAUUUCUCAGUAUCCUCUCAGGGUUUCUUUAUCCAUUCCCAUUAGCCUUAUUUCUUGUCUGUUUGUGUUCUGGACUUGGAGCCUCUUUCUGUUAUAUGCUUUCCUAUUUAGUGGGACGACCAGUUGUAUAUAGGUAUCUAACAGAAAAGGCAGUGAAAUGGUCCGAGCAGGUUGAACGACAUAGAGAACACCUCAUAAACUAUAUAAUAUUUUUGAGAAUAACGCCUUUCCUUCCUAAUUGGUUUAUCAAUAUAACAUCUCCUGUAAUAAAUGUACCACUGAAGGUAUUCUUCAUUGGUACUUUUCUAGGUGUUGCACCACCAUCUUUUGUAGCAAUUAAAGCAGGAACAACAUUAUACCAGCUUACAACAGCAGGGGAAGCUGUUUCCUGGAACUCUGUGUUUGUUCUCAUGAUUUUAGCUAUUCUCUCAAUUCUGCCAGCUAUCUUCCAGAAGAAACUUAAACAAAAGUUUGAAUAAGAAUCACACUGGAUCUGACUUUCCCAUGCUUCAUCUCAGGAUCAGCACUUCUGAUAUUUGUACGCUCACUUUUCUAUGGGAGACUUGUAAUGGAUAAAAAUAUCCUUACUUUUGUAAAUUAGCACAUUUUGUUGCCUGAAAUUAAAGGAACUAUGUUCAGAAAUAUUCUGUAUAUAGUUUUGUAGUCCAAAUCAUCAGUGUUGUACUCUUUUUGGAGACAAGAAGAGGGAACUGAACACCCAGAAGAUUGAACUUUUUGCUCUGGUUUAUAUAUGGGGUGGAAAGUUUCAGAUGGAAAUGUAACCUACAGAUGCUGGUUUCUAAACUUGCAAAAAAUUUAAAUCUAAGCAGUCAGUCUAAUUUUGUAGCAUUCUCAACGCUGAUACAGACUUGCAUGUGAUGGUCUGGUUGCACUUACUUUUCACACCCACCUCUCCUUUUUAUUCUCUUGUCUUUCAUGGUUGCAGAAUAAUGUAAUGUAAAUAAUACUUGCUCAUAAAAUAAAAGACUUUUCUAUAAGAAGUACUUGAAGCUCAAGUGAUGUAAACCAGAAGAAGCUGAGAUUUUUUCAUUCUGUUUCUUUUUUCUUUGUGUUUAUUUUUCUUUUUAAAUACUUGAACACAUCUGCUUUAUGAACUGAAUUAACACAUGGAGGAAUGUCAGGUAAUUCCCCCUUUUUCUGUAGAUUUUAUGUGGAGGCAGAUCAGAAUUUUAUUGUAGUUUGCUGAUAAAUGCUGAAGUUUUUAA